AUGGAGGACCUCUCGGAGUACGCUCUGAUGACGGAGGCUUACGACUUCGCGGUCGGCUACGACGCCUGCAAAGGAAAACUGCUGCAGGCCAAGCGCGUCUUGGAGCCCAAGGAGACAGUCCUCGUGGAAGUCCCGCUCGCGGCGUGGCCCAUCGGCGCUUCAGUCCCUUUGGCGCAGUCCUCCUUCUGCGAAAACUGCCUGAAACUGAAGCCCUUCCACGCGUCCUCCCCAGCUCCUUUGUCCGCCUUUGCGUUGGCCCCUUCGUCUCCAGCUCUCCCGCUGCCUGUCUCGUCGCCUGAGGCCGACGCGCAGGGCGCAGGGGCAGACAGUCCCCACACGCCGUCGCCAGCGCCUGACUUCUUCGGCUCGCCGCCCUACAGUCUCCUGGGCAGGGACACGCCGGCCCCAGAGACGCGCCCCACAGGCGCCGCCGCGGGCGGGCUCGAGGCCUCCUUGCCGCCCCCGCCGUCGAGUCCGGCUUCGCGGCUCGCGUCUGCAGCCGCCUUGUCCGCCGAGGCGUCGCCGCCUCUCUUCGCGUCCGCUGCGUCGUCGGCUUCCGGCGCCUCCUCCUCCGCUUCGCCGUCGCCGUCAGCUGUGGAGGAAGCGGAGGAGGCCUGCGAGUUGACGCUUCAGGGAGUCCAGUGCUGGUUCUGUUCGCCUCGCUGCUUGGCCAUAGCCCUUGGCGGCGACACGCUCAUCUCCGUGCACAAGGCGCUGCCUGCGGCCUCGCAGACCCACGAGGCGCGCGCUGUCUCCGCGGCGGUCGAGGCCUCGCUCGACGGCGGCGGCUUCGCGGGCCGCGAGGAGACCCGGGGCCGCCGCAAGCGACGAGGAGACGAAGGAGCCGACUCAAGAGGUGCGGAACCCGCCUACGCGGCGCCUGGAGCGGAGAAGCUGGUUGGAGGCUGGAUGAGUGUGCUGCAGCCUCCGGCGCUGCGGCAGCUGCGCGAGCGAGACCAGUGUGCGGCGUCUCCCUCGUCGGCCAAUCCGCUCCCGUUGGAGGCGUUGGCUCGCGUGAUUGCGCGCAUCGCCGCCCAGACGCGCGCCCUGCUGGUGUCGCAUCCCGGCCUUUCGCUGGAGGAAGCCUUUUGCGCGUCGUCGCGGGCGUUUCAGCGCUUGGCGGUGCCUUCGCCCUCCGGGGGACAGGGCGGCUUCGACGUCUCCUCCUUCGCAGAGACGCUGGACGUGGAGCAACGCUUUCUCACGGCGAUUCUUCACAAGCCCCUGCACGACACGGUGGGCGAGGAGGCUGCGACUCUGCUGCUGAACCGCGACACGCUGCUGCAUCUGAAAUGCGCCCUCGCGGUGAACAGCCAAGCCGUCAACAUCUGGGGCGCCUCGACCUCCGGCGCCCUCAUGGUGCUUAGAGGCGGCGGCGUCUACACCCUCCACGCGUGCCUUAACCACAGCUGCGAGCCGAACUGCGCGGUCGCCUCCUGGGGCCAGGAGGGUGAGGGCAGCACGCUGACCGUCUCCACGCGGCGCAGAGUCGACGCCGGCGAGGAACUGACCGUCUCCUACGUCGACGAAACGCUUCCCGCAGCCAGGCGGAGGCAGCUCCUCCACGCGACCUACGGCUUUCUCUGCAGCUGCUCGCGGUGCAUCAGGGAGAGCGCUGACGCACCGCCCGCGUCGCCAGGCUCGACAGGCCCGCAGACUGGAGAGCCCGCGACGCAGGGCGAAGAUCCGCUCGAAUCAGAGAUGUAA